UAUGAUAAACAAAUAGGAGCAUGAAGGAGGGAAAGAAGGCAACUGAGGAGGGAAGAAGGAGAAAGGGAAUGGAGUGAAGCUCCUCCUCCGGUGUGGACGUGGAUCUGUCCGCGGUGCUGAAAAGUCUACCACCUCCUCCUGAUGACGCACCGAGGAUGAUGAAGAUGGAGACCCUCAUCACUCAUGCAUCCCACCAGCAGCACUAAUGGCAGGACCAGAUUGAAGAGUUUGGUUCUGACGAGACGAGCUGGGAUGCGGGUCUCAGUGAUCGCAGUCGUGCUUUCACUCGAGCUCGGAUCGCUGUAAUUCACUCCUCCAUCUCCGCGAGGAUAUUUUUAGUCUCAGCUCCCCGAGGGCCCUGAACUCACAGCUCCUCGAAGGUAGACGCCAGACUGACGUCAGAGCUCGUAAUUUGACGUGUGGACCGGGCUCACACACACAAACACGAGUGGAGCGAGAGCGUCGCUUUCAUUGACGAGCUUUCCUCCUUCCACUGCUGCUCCAUCACGAGACAGGAGGAUCAGCGUCGCUUCAGUUUACACCCGAUAUUUGAUUUAUUUCCUAAGUCACGGGAGCAUUCUUGAUCUCCUCCCAAAUCCUUUUUUCCCCCUCCGGUUGCUUUUUCUCUGAGAUGGAAGUGAGAUGUCGCCCGGCGGUGAUGUGUUGUGUGCUCGCCCUCCUCUGCUCAGCUCUGCCCCGCUCCGAGUGCUCCCUCUACGGGGACAGGCAGUACCUGAACGAGUGGGCCGUGGAGAUCCCGGGAGGGCUGGAUGCUGCCGAGGCGAUCGCUCGGGAGUUGGACUACCAGCUGGUCCGACAGAUUGGGGCCCUGCAAGACCAUUUCUUAUUUAAACACCGGAAACACCCCAGCAGGAUGAAACGCAGCGCUGGACACAUCACCAGGCGACUGUCAGAGGACGAUCGAGUGCUGUGGGCUGAGCAGCAGUAUGAGAAACGGCGCAGCAAGCGCGCGUCCCUCGGGGAGUGCAGGGACUGCCCAGUGGAUAAGCUCUUUGAUGACCCCAUGUGGAACCAGCAGUGGUACUUGCAAGACACCCGGACUUCGUCCUCGCUGCCCAAGCUGGACCUGCAUGUGAUCCCGGUGUGGCAGAAAGGCAUCACUGGAAAAGGAGUGGUCAUCACAGUCCUGGACGACGGGCUGGAGUGGAACCACACAGACAUCUACUCCAACUACGACUCUGCAGCGAGCUAUGACUUCAAUGACAAUGACCCUGACCCAUUCCCUAGAUAUGACUCCACCAAUGAAAACAAGCAUGGGACCCGGUGUGCUGGUGAGAUCGCUAUGCAGGCAGACAAUAAUAAGUGUGGAGUUGGCGUGGCCUUCAAUUCCAAGGUUGGAGGCAUUCGGAUGCUGGACGGCAUUGUGACGGAUGCGAUUGAGGCCAGCUCUAUUGGAUUCAAUCCCGACCACGUCGACAUAUACAGCGCCAGCUGGGGGCCCAACGAUGACGGGAAGACGGUGGAGGGUCCGGGGCGGCUGGCCCAAAAAGCCUUCGAGUAUGGAAUACAGAAGGGCAGAGGUGGAAAAGGCUCCAUCUUUGUUUGGGCAUCAGGCAAUGGCGGGCGCCAGGGGGACAACUGUGACUGUGAUGGCUACACUGACAGCAUCUACACCAUCUCAAUCAGCAGUGCCUCCCAGCAGGGUCUGUCCCCGUGGUACGCAGAGAAGUGUUCCUCCACGCUGGCCACGGCGUACAGCAGCGGGGACUACACUGACCAGAGGAUCACGAGUGCCGACCUGCAUAAUGAGUGCACACAAACUCACACCGGGACGUCCGCCUCCGCGCCACUGGCUGCUGGGAUAUUCGCCCUGGCUCUUGAACAAAACCCAGACCUCACCUGGAGAGACCUACAGCACAUCGUGGUCUGGACAUCAGAGUACGACCCUUUGGCCAACAAUCCGGGCUGGAAGAGGAACGGAGCAGGACUGAUGGUCAACAGCCGCUUUGGAUUUGGCCUCCUCAAUGCUAAAGCCCUGGUUGACCUGGCUGACCCGGCCACGUGGAAGCACGCACCGGAGAAGAAGCAGUGUAUCGUCAGAGAUGACUCAUUCCAACCAAGGGAGCUGAAGGCAGCGGGGGAGAUCACUAUAGAGAUUCCUACCAAGGCCUGCGCAGGGCAGCAGAAUGCAGUCCGCUCUUUGGAACAUGUGCAAGUGGAGGCCAGCAUCGAGUACACCCGGAGAGGAGACCUGCACAUUACACUGACGUCUCCUGCAGGCACCACCACCGUGCUGCUGGCUGAGCGAGAGAGAGACACGUCCGCCAACGGAUUCAGAAACUGGGACUUCAUGUCGGUCCACACAUGGGGUGAAGAUCCUGCCGGCACCUGGACGCUGAAGAUCACAGACACAUCAGGCCGCAUGGAGAACCAGGGUCGGAUUCUGAACUGGAAGUUAAUCCUUCAUGGAACAUCUGAGAAGCCAGAGCACAUGAAGAAACCACGUGUGUAUAUCCCAUACAACGCCGUGCAGAACGACAGACGUGGAGUCGAGCACAUGGAUGACAUGUUGGAGGAGCCGACUGAGGCCCAAACAGUUCAGAGGUCUCCACAAAACCAGGACCCUGGUGGUCCUGAGAACGAUGUUGAGGAGCCUAGGAAGUCUCCCACCCAGGCCUUACUGCGACUUCUCCAAACAGCAUUCAACAGGCAGACGCCGGUCUUCCAACAGGCCCCGGGCUCCUCCAGGUUGUCCCCAUCCGUAAAGAACCAGCAGCCUAGCAGAAGCUUCUCCCCACCUGCGACCCGUCUCCCUCCUCAGAAGCUCUACCAGGCCCUAGACCUGAUCAACAAGUACCGGCAGCCCGACGACAGCAUCUACAGUGACUAUAGCGACGGCUUCUACAGCAAGCCGUACCGGCACAGAGACGACCGCCUGCUGCAGGCGCUCUUCCAGAUGAUCGACGAGGACCAGAAUUAAGGAGAGGAGGUUGGUUGGGAGGCGGUGCGACGGGGCUGAGAGGGAAGAUGGUUGCGCGCCCAAAUUCUUCAUUUGCUUCACAAAAAUGCUGCAUUUAUCUCCUCAUCAGAACCCUUCCUUCAAUCGUGUUAAUUUGUGAGUUGUGUUGAGGCGCCCCCUGCUGUUCCCACCAUCUAAGUGGUAUCACUGCCUGUUCAGCAUGCCAAUAUUAGUGAUGACGUCAUUAUAUAAAGACAAUGAUUGUAAACGCUUCUCAGUAGUUGUACUUUGAUGACCCAACAAACACAUCACUGGAAGAGUCUCAGCACUAACUCAGAGAAGUGUUCUCAGGGUGUCGGGCAAGAGACCUCCAGAAGUGGCGUAGCGACACACACAAACAAGUGACAAACAAAGCUGUUUGUUUUUUAACCGAAUGCUGCAUUAAAGGAAAAUAUUUUUCUAAGGAUCCUCGUAGUUAAUGAAUAUAUAUAUAUAUAUAUAUAUAUAUAUAUAUAUAUAUAUAUAUAUAUAUAUCAACAUAAAACCUCGUGAUAGACCAGUACUGGGAAGCUUCAUGAGGCUCUAUGACGCUUCACCUGCCCGUCACUACCAACAACCACUGCCAAAUGAUGAACAGCUUGGCUUCAGUCUAUUCGGGUGGAUGUAUAAACGUCUGUUCAUCAGUCAUUUCCUGUGUUAUCUAUUACCUGUCAUGCUCUAGAGUAGUGGCUCCGCACACUCAUCUCGACGCCUUAAUAUACUGUGUAAUGCCGAGCAGGAAAUGGACUGAGGGGUUGACAUGCACACUGUAGACAUCCGUCCCUCAGUAUCGCCUGUGACAUCUUCUGUUGUUUACAUCACGUUGUGUUCUGUAUCGAUGUAGGAAUCAAAGAGAUUUAUCAAAAUAAAUUGCAAAGUGACCUCUGGAGUCCAAUUGAAUGUCUCGCUUGUGUGUCAAACCUGAGGCCCGGGAUCCAGUCGUGCCCUGCGGCCCACAAGAGCUUGUCAACCAGAGGCAAAGUCAUGACGGAGGCCAGAGCAUACAGUGAGGGGGUGAGACCAAGACCAAACUGAAUCCAGAACAAACAACUAGUUUGUUCCAAUGAAAGCAUUGUCAGUUGUUUAUUCAGUCUCAUUUGCAGUAAGAAAUAAAUGUGUGUGUCUAUAUGAAUGAUAGGCGUAUGUGUUUAGUUUGGUUGCCUGGUGGUCUCACGCCCGGGUUAGGUGCAACAACUGCAACUUGUAUUCACAGACAUCAUUUUCAUUCUUUUUGUCUUGCUGUGUUUCAUGACGUUCAAGUCCUGCGUGGAGUCUGACU